CAAUGCUGCAUAGCAUUUCCUUUUUGUUUGUUUUUUAAACCGCCCUCGAGAAUUCGAUGCCAAACUCGACACCACUCGAACACUCUGUGUUCGAAAAAAGAGGCACAGCUACUCGAUAAGGUUCGACUCGUCGCCGAUAGAUAGCUGGACGUUGUUACCUCUCCCUGGCGUCUCUUGCUGACGUAUCUGCUGUAGCAACCGACAGACAUGGAGGCGGAGGGAGUCAGCCAAUCCUGGAUAACACUGGAGUUAUGGCAGAACUCACCCGCCGUCACCUCAAUGAAGCAGCCAGCCUCCCACUUCCAGCGGACAUUGACCGAUGACCUCCUGACCCCUGCUGACCUGUCGUGUGCGCUGAUGGUCAGUAUCCUCCUAAAGAAGCAGCGCCACCUCCAGGCUCUGCUCCAGUGGCGGGAAUCUCAGCACGGUGACGUGGCAGCUUUUGUGAACCAGGCAGCCUUCUUGUCGCUGCAUCUGGACUCUGGGCAUUUCCUAGGCGCGGACCUAUGUAUCGCCGACUGCGAGGGUCUCACGCCACUCACCACGGCCAUCAUCAACGAGCAGAAACUGGUGGUGCGUGCUCUCCUCCGCGCGGGGGCGGGGCCUGACUACACGACAGACAGCGUGGCUCCGCCCCUCUACCUCGCGUGUGUCCGCGGUCUUCACGACAUCGCUGCCGACCUCCUACGUCACCACGCCGACCCCAACGUGACGUCACCACACAGGGAGGACACGCCCCUUCACUGCGCCAUCAGGAAAGCCGACACGCGACUGGUCAAGCUGCUUCUACAAGCCGGCGCCCAGCCCACCCCCUGUGCCUCCACCGUCGACUGUUACUUCGACGACUCCCUCCUCAAAUCUCCUCUCCACGAGGCUCUCCUCCUCGGCCACACGGCCAUCGCCGCCAUGUUGAUGAAGUCAGGCUGCUUCCGCUUCGAGAACGUGACGUCACUGGCCGAGAGCGAGGCUUUGGCGCUAGAACUGAGCAGUGCAGGGCGCGGGGAAUGCUGGGACUUCCUGCAGUGUGUGGCCGAGUCAGCGCCAAGGCUAGAGGACAUGUGUCGCUGGGUGGUCUCUGAGACUGUAGGGUUUGGCGCCAACAGGAGACAGAGUGUGCGGGAGUUGCCCAUUCCAAACAUGCUGCAACAGUCUCUCAUAUCUUUGAACUUGUGAAAAAACAAACAAAGUAAUGUAUUACAAUAGUAUGUAAAGUAAAGUUGUUCCCGCAUCCGAUCCGGACAUUGGGGGUUGCCUCGUUUACAACUUUUACUACGAUGUCGAUACUCUAGUGGUUAGUGGGUGGUUGGCGGGUGCUCUGGUAUGGUUUUCUCUUUCUUUACUAUCAAACAACUGUCGUCUUUAU